GCUCAUCAGCUAGAGAGAGAGAUCCAGUCCCAAACACAAGAAACGGACGAGACAGAAGCAGCUGCCGCAGUCCAAGGUCCGAUCCAGUCAUCCCUGUGCAGCCCGCCGCCUGGCACUACCAUGGAAAACGUCAAGCCUCAGUCCAGGCCCACCCCCUUACAUUGACCCGCCACGACGGACACGCCCAGACCCGCUGAGGUUUGAGUGCGUGGGUGGAACAGCCUCAUCAUUGGGGCGGGCCUCGCCUUAACGGAGCCAUGUCGGCCGAGGCCAGCCCGGAAACCCCGACGGCCCUUCCGGCCACCCCCGGGGUCGCAACCCGAUGCCCGAGCGCCCAAGUUGGAACCGGGCUCGUCAAUCGAGGGUGUCCCUGUCCUUGGGAUGCCCUCCGUCUCAGCCAGCCCAAUGGGUCCGGACCGGAUGUCCACGGUCCCCUGUCAGAGUAACUAUGGGUCGGAACCGCCCUUCCACACCACGACGUUAGACGUCAACGCCAUCAAGCGAUCGCCCACGCACACGUUGUCCACUUCCACCACCUCCAAUAACUCGCCCAACGCGGCUCUAUCGUUGGUGGAUCCGCCUCCGGGUGGGGCCCGUGGUUCCAAGAACAAUGCCCCGCUCGUCACCAUUCCCGAGGAUUGGGAUUCAAUCCAAGUUCCGCCUCCCGUUUUGACGCCCAGUGGGCCCGGGGCCCAUGCCGCCUCGCGCGUCCGAGUGGGUGGGACUCAAGCCGAGGAGGAGGAGAGCGACGAUUCGGACUCGGACGAAAGCUGUAGUCACUCGGACGACGACAGUGACGAUGAUUCUGGCAGUGAAGAUGAAAAUUCCGGCAGUAGCAGCUCAUCGUGCUCCUCAGAUGAUGGCGAGUCCGACUCCGGUUCCAGCUCCAGUUACUGCAGUGAUACGAACUGUUCGAAACGCAACAACUGUAACGCCAAUAAGAAAACGUCCAAGUGCCAGAGUGGUGUGAAAAAGUCGGCCCCAUCCGGGCCCAUGCUCAAAGAGGAGCCCAAAGAUGAAGCCGAAAGUGACACGUUUUCAAAGCCCUAUCCACCCAAGUUAAGUGGGGCAGCAGUGAGCAGUCAUGCCCGAAUUCAAGCCGGGAGCUCGUCCAAAAUUAGUGCUAAAACCAGUUGUUACAUGACUGAGAACAAGACUAAGACGACCAAAGUGCGAACGGAAGUGCAGUUAAUGGCCAAACGAACCAUCAAAACGGUGGUGAGCACCAACAUCGGCGUCAGCUUCGGCUCGUUUCAAACGAAUUUUACCGGAGAUCGCCGCUUCGGAUCCGUUUCUUCAGAGAAGGGAAGUCAUCCGAAUACGGUCGGAGUUUUUCGUCACCAUCAUCCUCAUCAUCAACUCCCCAGUCCCAAUGAAUCGCACAGUGAUGGAUCUUGUCAGAAUGAGACCUCGGCGUCAACGAGCACAACGACAACGACAACGUCCGUGUCUGAGAUCUCUCAAUUAGCAGACUCUCUGGACCAAAUCAGCAAAGAGAAUGGAGGGGAAUCUGCUCUCCAAAGCAUUUCAACCGGACUCCAGGUCAUUGAAGAUGAGGAUCUUGUGGCCAUAUUAAAGGAUGUGACCUCGGAAGUGAACUCCGAACCCAGUGCUAGUGAGGAUUUUCAUGCCGAUGAGGAUCACGAGAGUAGCGAGAGCGACUCCGAGACCGAAUCCAAUACCCGUGUACCUUCUUCGUCGUCUUCUUCCGAUUCCACUCAGAGACGAAUCCCCAAUGGAGCCACUUUGGUGGGGGCUCACAUACAGACAUCCUCCGUGUGCAGCUUGGCACCCAUCGUGCCUUAUGUGUCCCAGCACAAGAUGGCCACGUCUACGAUUCAAACCUCGUUCUUGGCCUCGAAAUCGACGGUGGUGCCCAACACCCAACAACUCGUGGUGAACUGUGAUAGCAAUAAUGCAACGGCGACAUCGACAUCGACAUCAUCGACGAAUAACAAAUUACACGCCAAACCGACGAGUAAUCACCAUCAACAACAACAACAACAACAACCCAAUGUAGGCCAUGAGAGGCCAAGGUACUCGAAUUUGAAGAAAAAGCGGAAACAAACCCCGAUCCAGCCACACCCUCCUGCCCACCAGACCCAUUCGCUGCACGUCCAGCCACUUCCAUCCGUACAACCUCAGCAUUCUCAUUCGACCUUGAAUCAAGGUGAAAUGGACACCAUUUACCUGAACUCCAAUUCGAACGUCUCUCCGGACUCGGGGAUUCAAUCCGAAGGGGGCGUGGCUAGUUCACCAUUGCAUCUAACCACUAUAGACAGUACACAAUUGAUGGCCUCGGCCUCCACCAACACAUUGCAUCAACACCAACAGCACCAUCAACAACACCAGCACCAUCAUCAUCAACAACAACCGCCACCACAACUUCAUCAGCACAAUCAACACACACAGCAGCACCAUCAUCAGCAACACCAGCACCACCAGCAGCAAAGCUUUCAUCCCGCUCUUCACGGAGCAACUAAUUUCAACCCAACGCCCACCGCCAACUUUGGUCAAAUGACUCUUUGGAACGGGAUUGCCUCUCAACAAACGCCUUACUAUCAUACGGGACAGUUCUUGCAGCAACCCUUGACUGUUCAGAGUGCGGCCACGGGCUUUCAGGUCCAUGCCAACGGCUUGCUCUCUCCCAACUCGACCAUCAUCCAAUCUCGGCUGACCCCUCAACCGGCGCUCAAUCAUCUUAGUCCUCAAUUCUCGUCACCCAUGUCCAUUCCGGCCGCUAUCAUCUCAGCCGUAUCCACGACUACGGCCAAGGCAACCUUGUCAACCGCUACAUCCGCUUCAUUAGUCAUAACCGAGUCUCAAAAGAACCGAAUCAAUGUCACACCUCCGCCAGUGCUUCUGCCCGCCAUUAAUCCACAGAUCUCACCCGCUCUCCAUGACAACAAAAGAGGUCGGGGCCGUCCCAAAAGCUCCAAAACCAACAAUGCUGCCAACAACAAGGCACCCAAGAAAGUGACCAUGGAGUGCGGAUCUCAAACUGAAGAAAGUGUCCUCGAUGGUCGAUACAGUACCGAUAGUGACGGAAGUGGGGGCUAUUUGCCCCCACCCUCACCGGUCUAUAUGGGUGCUUGUGAACCUUUUGGGCGAGGUCGUCCCAGAAAAGAUCCACCCACACUUGAGCCUCAAGUUGAAGUCCUCGACAGGGGACAGGGCAAAGAUAAGCCCACUGAGAGACGUGAUGUGGGAUCCGGUUCCUUCAGGACCAAACCCAAGUCCAAAUCUCCUGGUGGGAAGAAGACUAAAUAUGAAUUGAUUACUCUCGACUCGGAUGAUAAUUCGGAUAGUUCAGAUGCAGAUGACGACCGAAUGCGGAUGAAAGCUCGACACAAGGCCACGCGGGAUUAUUUGGAACUAAAACAACUCUCCAAGCAAACGACAAUGCUCCCCGUGAAACGGAUUGUCAAAUCCAAAGAGAAGCGAAUCCCUCCUGAAGAGAUCAACGUCAAGCGAUCCUCAUUAAUCAUAGAGCCGAGUGUAGUGAAGAAGAAACACGUUGUGUCGAAACCUCUACCAUCCACAGCACUCCCACCAAGAUCCGUCACACCCAAAUCAAGUGAUAAUGGACGUGAUCCCAGUUUGAGCCCCAUUCGCCCUGUCCCACCUCAAAAGUCCAGUCCAGAAUCAGCUUCCACCAAUAUGAGUAACAACCACCGUCGCCAUCAGUAUAGCAGCCCUUCCAACCAUAUGAGCAGUCAUACAAGUAAUGAUGUCGUGGUGAAAGGAGCUAAUCGAGUACCUCGGAAAGAGGCUUUUGUGGCCCGAAAUGAGCAUUCUGAAAACCCCUUUCGAUCCGGAAAGGUGGAGCCGUUAUUUGCCAAAAAAUAUCAUACAGUCAAACCGGAUUUCCUGGCUGACCUAUCGACCUCUUCAACAUAUAGAGUGGCGAAACCUGCCACUGGUGGUCGAGAUUCCAAUCGGGAUAGCUCGUCUUCCUUGCCUCGAUCCCAAAGCCCAAUGCAGAGAAACGAUCCUCGGGGGUCAGGCCUUUGUGUCGAAUCCUCGCGAGUGCUCACCAAGGCCUCAUUAAAAGAACUCUCGUCUUUCUCAGCAGCCGCUUCUGCCAAUGUCAACACGGGUGGAGCCUCAACCAAAACUAUGCUGAGUGUACUAGCCGAGGCUAAUAAACGCGCCAAACCGGGGAGGAAGAAGAGAGGUCGCCGCUCCAAAUCCUCGGAAUGGAGCGAGUCAUUGUCCUCCAGUCGAGGUCGGAAGCAAUCUUCUUCUCGGGUGAAUUCGCCAGGGUCAAGUUGUCACUCCUCUAACCGAUCCCCGUUCUCGCCCAGAUCUACCGGCGAUUUUUCCAAUGCCCGAGAUACCAACAAGUAUAGUGAUUUGAUAGAUUGCUCUGAGGGCUACAGAACGGCUUCGUCAAACUCAAGGAACUACAAUCCGAAGAAAAAGAAGGAAAAGGCCAAGGCGGGCAAGGGCUGGAAGAGCAAGCAUAAGAAUGUGAUUGACCCCGUGUUUCUUUCAGAGGUGGAACGUCUGAUCCAAGGCAUAGCCAGUUGUCAGGUCGAGACCAAGCUGUCAAGUGAUAUUUGGCCGGAUCGGCCUCAUGACUCUGUUCCAUCGAUCUUUCGCAAGCGCAAGAUUCUCGUGCCAACCAACAAUCUCCUAGGGCCUUCAACCACGUCCUCGGGUCGAUCGAAAAAUAGUGGUGAAAAACGGAAGAGCCGCAGUAAACGGAAUAGUGUCAACACCAAAGAAUCCAAAGAAGAUUCCCGCGAUCCCAUUCAUCUAGUGGCCAAACACGAUCCAAGCCCUUCCAAGAAGGACAACCCUCAAAAUCAUCUGCCCAAUGCGGAUGCGUCGGAGCAACGGCUCCCGUUGAAGAAACGGCAUCACCAUCAUAUGACCACCAAAGGCGACCAGGACAACGAGUCGGGUCAUAGUUCCUCGGCCAGUUCCGCCCUCUCUCCUCCCAUCACAGCUUCUCAAGCUUACAAGAAAAAGGAAGCGCAAAAAGCGGCUCCUAAGCGGCUCUCGCAAGACCGGCCUGGGCCGGCUUCAUCUAAGAACCGGGGAUUGCAAGGAACCUCUUCCAGUUCUGUUAGUGGAAACCCCACAGCCGCUACCACCAACUCUGCGACAAACCCGAUUCAUCAAGCUCGGCGUAACAGUCGGGAACGUACUUCUGGAGCUGUGCAAGAUGGAGGGAAACACUCUGCCACGGCAACUAAGGCUCCAUUGAAGGUAUUGGAAGAGUCAUCAGAAGCCAUUUUAAUCAAAUACGGUGGCAAGAUCUCGCCCCUAGUCAAUAGUGCCAAUUUGCCUUUGAGGCCCAGCUCACCUGCGACAACCAAGUCUGUGAACAUCGUGGACAGCCUUGCUGCGUGUGUAGACAAACAUCUGGGACCAAAACCAGGGAGUGGAAAGGAAGUCAAUAAACCACUCAGGGUCGACGUUCACCCUCCAACCCGAAAUAGAUCGGCAUCACCUGCUCAACCUGCCUCCACGUCUACCUUGCCCACGACCCCCAGGAAACGCCAUCUUUUAGAAAUGAGGAAGAAAGAGUCGUCGUCAUUGCCAGUGGUGCAAGUCCAUCAUUCCAAGAAGUUCAAUAACGAGCCUCCAACCCUUCAAAAAGAAACGGGGACCCGCUCGUCGCCCUCGUCAUGCUCUUCCUCGUCAUCUCCACCUCCGAUAUCUCUGUUAUUAAAAACGGGUUCCAAUUCGAGCGCAGUGGGCUCACCCAAAGAAUCGGUUUUCGAAAUCUCAAGCCCGAUUAAGACCUCUCCCCCCAGAUUAUCUCCUCAAUAUGCGCCCAUUGCUUCCAAACAUCACCAGGAAGAUAAGCCCAAGAGUAAACACAAGGACCACAAGAGAAUCACGUUGAGGAUCAGCAAGGAUCGUUUGAGUUUUGAGAAAUCCGAGGACAGUGAGGAGAAAUCUGAAUCCGAUGGAGACGACCUCUUUUCUCGUUUGCAGAAAAGUGGUCCCACGCGGAGAGUCAAAAUCUCAGCCCUUAAAACGGCUAAAUUUGUCCCUUCAGAUAGUCCCAUGGGAUCGGACGAGGACCAACAUCAUUCGUCCGGCCGAGACUCACCUCCCACUAAGAUUCCAAAAUUGAUCAUUUCUCAAGCCAAAGGGCCCGAGCGACCGCUCACCGAACGACAAAAAGCCCUGGUGGCGGCUAAGGAAGCGGCAGAGGAAAUCUCGGCCUCGUUGGCGGCCAUGUCAAUGCGGAAGCCGUUGGCCAUGAUCAAGCUUGCCAGGGCCAUGGGCGAUGACGAUGAUGACGGGGAUGAUCAGCCUCUUAAACCGGUUGGAACUUCUGAUAAAACCACCAUUGGGAUGGCGCCUGUGACAAAAUCAGCUGAGUCCAGGAAGUCUUCUGCUGUUGAAACGGAAGAGAUCAAGCUGAUCAAACCCAAAAUUUUGAAAGCUCAACCGAAAGCUCAAUCGGAACCUAAGGGUCGGAGCAAACCGGGUCCAAAAUCAAAGCGAAGAUCCAUCAAUCUUCAGAAGUGUAGCGUUCGAGUUCAUAAACUGAGACCCGAGGACAUUAUCGAGUCCAGUCCAUCGCCCAUGAGCGUCCACGAGGAUGCCAUGGAGAUCAUUGCCAAUGCCAACCCUAAACGAGCAGGUGAGGGCAAUCUGCCCAAGAGUGUUUUCAAACAGACGACGGAAAUGAUAAACCCGAGUGUGGAAGAAACCUCGAUUGCCGAUUCGAUAGUGAAGGACAUCACUAACUUUGAGGCUCGCAAUGAUAAUCAGACUGACAAGGACAAGGAUGCAAAAACUCCAGUUGUUCCAUCCAUCCUGAAGAAGAAACGGCGUCGAGCCAACAAAACUGGGUUUCCAUCUAUCAAAAAGAAGAAACGACUUCAAUCUCAAGAUAGUGCGGCCUCAGAUGGAAGUACGUCGAGGUCAAGAUCAACUUCCAAACGAGCCUCGAGACACAUGUCCGGAGAUCCCAAAGUUCCAUCAAGGUCGAGUGCUCGAGCCGCCAAACUGAAACCCUCGGACAAUCCCACACCAAGUCCGAACUUGUCCCGGGAUCACUCCCUAGACCCACCCACUGAUGUGGGCAAUGUACCUGAAAUUCAGAAGAGCUCUGUUCUCCCUUCUCCUCAACCUGAAGAGCCCGAGCAACCCCCUACCCCAUUGAAACGACCUCGAGGUCGUCCCCCUAAGAAACGGCAGACGGCCAACUCGAUGGUUGUCGUCAAACCAACCGACCCCAUCAAACAAACCCUCCCAGAACUUGUGGUAGCUUCAACCACAUCCUCUCAAGAAAACAAGCGUGCCUUUAGCCGGGAGAGCUCGUUCGAGGAUUUCCAGCAGCCUUCGAAGCGAUCUCGAUUGUACGAGGAUAUGGAUGAUGACUUGGAUUGCCUAGCGCUUUUGCCCCCCAUUGGACCCGAGUCUGGUCCAAGUUCGGAGGCUCCAUCGGGUAAUGAAGGCGAGGAUUCUCGUUCAUCGUCACUGAAUCGCAAGCAGAAGAAAGCCUCGUUUUUCAAGAAGAAGACCCUCACCGCUGGUCUGUUCUCUAACCAUUACAAGUCGAUGGACACGGAGAGCUAUGACAACAGCACGAGCCUUCGAAAGCCUCCUCCUUACAGACCGGAAGAUCAUGAGCACGGUCUGUUGCCUCCACCUUAUUACUGCGGGCGACAACUCAGGCAGAAACGAGAGGAUUUCCAGUUGCCUUACGAUCUCUGGUGGCUUCACAUGAACAAACAGCUUCCGGGGAGGGAUAUUGUGGCCACGUGGAACUAUAAGAAGAUUAAGAACAAUGUCUACUACGAUGUCAAGCCCAUCUCGCAAUUCGAGAGCCAAUCCUGCCAAUGCUCCCGUGUGUUGAACGAGGAUGAAUUUGGAUGUGGCGAGGAGUGCAUCAAUCGGAUGACUUACUCCGAAUGCGAUGCUCGCCUCUGUCCAUUGGGAGAGAAGUGUGCCAACAACGCCAUCCAGAAGCACCGAGCGGUCCAUGGCUUGGAGAGAUUCAUGACCGAGAACAAAGGAUGGGGUAUGAGGAGCAAGGUCCCCAUUCAAAGUGGAAGCUUCAUCAUUGAGUACGUGGGUGAAGUGGUCUCUGAACGCGAGUUCAAGCAUCGCAUGACCAGUAUCUACGCUCAAGACUCGCAUCACUAUUGUCUUCACAUGGAUGGGGGGAUCGUCAUCGAUGGCCAUAGAAUGGGCGGUGAAUGUCGCUUUGUCAAUCAUUCGUGCGAACCCAAUUGUGAGAUCCAGAAAUGGACCGUCAAUGGGCUCUACCGAAUGGCUUUGUUCAGCUUGAAAGACAUCAAACCCGGCGACGAAUUAUGCUAUGACUACAACUUCAGCCUCUUCAACCCCCAUGAAGGCCAAUCGUGUCGUUGUGGAUCCGAGAAGUGUCGCGGAGUCAUCGGAGGAAGAUCUCAACGAUUGACCAAUGACGAGGACAAGGAUGCUUCGCGAGAACGGAGACGCAACUCCAAGAUCAAGCGAUCCGACAGCAACCAACCAACCAGCCGAUUAUCCGUCUUGGCCCCCAUGAAGGCUUUGUCUGGACCCCAACUGUCCUUCGUGAGAGAGCGACGGUGUUUCCUCAUUCGAAAUUGGGAGAAGGUCCGCAAAGUCCGCGAAAACAUUCAACGCAAGGUCAACGGCCAACUCACUCAACAGAGGAAAGACGAUCAAGCCUCAAAACCGGAAGAGAUGAUCCUCACCGGACUAACAGCUCUGACUACGGCCCGAUCCAUGCAGACUCGACGCCUGACCAUUGCGCAAGAUGAUCCAAAUGUGAACAAAGUGAUCAAACUGGCCCAACUUCUGCGGGAAAUCUUUGCCCAAGUUACCACGGUCAAUGAUGAAUCCGGAUCCGCCAUUGCCAGACAUUUCUUCUCUCCACCAUUAAAGGGAAAGCAUGGCGAUUAUCUCACCCACAUAACUGACCCCAUCGAUUUCCAAACCAUUGACCGGAAUAUCAACACUGGUGCCUAUUUCUCCGCGCUCCAAUUCGAUCAAGAUGUAUUGAGGCUUUGUCAGAACAACCUCCGAUAUUACGGUUCCACCUCUGAGGAAGGCAAAGCUGCCUUAAAAAUCCGGCAGCUUUACAACGCCAUCAAACAAGAAUAUCAUGCUGCUUUGGUGGAGAUCGUGGGUCAAUCGGAAUCCUUUUGUUUCCGAAAACGUGAAGAGUCUCCCCCAGAAGAAGAUGUGAUUCGAUGUCCUUGCGGUCAAUACAAGGAUGAGGGUCUCAUGGUCCAGUGCGAGAAAUGCCACGUGUGGCAACACGGCGAUUGUGUGGGCCAGAAUGGGGAGUUCAAGGACGACGAUCAGUUCUUCUGCGAGGAAUGUGUCCCUAAGAACAUCAGUUUGGACAUUGUCCUCAGCCCUCAACCCGAAUACGCUUCACCCGGCGAGACUUAUUACACCUCACUCAUGCGGGAAAAGCUUCAAAUCCGAGUUGGAGACACUGUUUACGUUCUCAGAGCGUUCAAAGAAGACCAAAAGUCUCCCACGGAGUCGGACUCCGGCUCCAAAAGCCCCAAACCACCCGCAGAGAAGAAUGAGCGCGAGUUCAAUCAAGGCGGAAUCCCGCACAAGAUGAUGAGCCCCAUGAAAGGCCCGUCCAUUGAAGGCUCAACUUUAGCCAAAGGCAAUUAUCCGACGUUCAAAACCGUGGACGAAAACAUCACCACAGCGGAUAUGGACAUUUUUCGGAUUGAGCGUCUUUGGAUCAAUGAAAAGGGCGAGCGGAUCGCUUUCGGUCACCAUUACCUCCGACCUCAUGAGACUUUCCACGAGCCGAGCCGAAAGUUCUUCUACAAUGAGGUGUUCCGGGUCCCCAUCUACGAAGUGUUACCCCUUGAUUCAAUUUGGGGUCAGUGUUGGGUCAUGGAUAUACCAACAUUCAGUAAAGGUCGCCCAGUGGGCUCUCAAGAGGAGCAUGUUUACAUCUGUGAAUACCGGGUAGACAAGUCGGCUCGCUUGUUCAAUAAGAUCUCAAAGCCCAAGCAUCCAAUUUGCACCAAAUGGUUCGCCUUCGACUUCUUCGACCAAAAACUGAAGCCCCAACGAACCUAUACACCUCACGAAGUGCCCGAGAAAUGGAGGGCUUCCACUACCCCACGCAACCGUAGUUUGGAGGACGAUUCUCGAUCCAGUUCGUCCAGAUCCGAUUCCAUUGUCAGCCAUAAAGGCCAUCAGAACCAUACUCCGCACACCUCCAACCAUCGGCGGACCAACAACAGUCUCUCAGCUUCCUUGGGUUCUCAAUUCCUGACCUCGGCUCUCUCCAAACCUCUGAAACUAUCGCUCAAGGAUCGCUCCAAGAAAAAGACCAAAUUGGAUGCCACUUUGCUGCGGCUUUUGGGCCAGAUCCCGGGGAAGAAUCCGAUUGAUGCCUCGUAUCUUUUGGAGUCUGACAAGCGAUUGAGAAAGAAGACCAAUUCAACCCCCAGCCAUAAUCACCAUCCAUCUUGAGGAAUGGACUAGGCUUCAGACCGUUUCUGUCCCUCCCACCCCUCGAAACCACCUCAAUCCCAAGGAUGAAAGCUGGUUUUUCGUCCGCUCUACAGAGCUCUUUCAGAACACAUAAUGCCAUGGCUGUGCUUUUAAUAUAAUUAGAUUAUUGACCAUUAUGUGACCUUUUAAAAUGGUAAUCUCAAGUUUCUUGCUAAAGACGAGCAACAAUCUCUAAUUCCCCCCACUCUCAAGUACAAAUUCUAGAUGAGAGCCUUCUUUGUCUCAUUUCCUCUGAUUUGGAUCCAAAUUCAAUACACCGAUGCCUUGAAAUCAUACUCAAUAUUCGAAAUUCUCU